AUGACGGCCUUUUGGGCAACAAGGAAGAGGGCAAUAAAAAAAAGAAACAACAGGAAAAAACAACCAGUCGAGAGACUACUAACGAUAUGUAAGAUGCUGAUUGAAGAUUUGAAGAAUCAACAAGACGAAAAGAGAGGCAGAAGUUGGCCUGGCUCAUCCAAUAAAGACGGCUGGCCGGCGAUGACUUACAGCCCUUCCCGCCUGCAGAUAAUCAAAUCACAGCGCGCUACGUACGGGGCUAGCCUGGGAUCCCUUGCCUUGAGUGAGUCUCUGUCGCGCAGUCUCUCGCUGCUGAUGGGUUUCCUGCGAGACGACAGAAAUCCGACAUGUCCAAGAGAAAAGGCUUUUGGCUUGAUACAAUUGACUUUUCACGGAUCCACGGGCGAGAAGGAGAAAUGGACGAAGCGAAAGGCUGGGACGGGAUCAGGGGCAAAGGCACAGGGAAGGGAAGGGACCUGA